AUGCACCUCUUUUGCAACUUUCUAUUGCAGUCCCAUGCCAUUGCCUCUCUCUAUCCUGAAACAACAAUCUUCUUUGCUGACCUUGCUGGGUUUACAAAAUGGUCUUCAUCUCGUACUCCCAUUGAGGUGUUCGACUUGUUGGAGACGGUGUACGGCGAAUUUGACAAAUUGGCCAAGCGAUACAAAGUCUUCAAAGUCGAGACAAUUGGGGAUUGCUAUGUGGCUGUCACUGGUCUUCCCAAGCCUCAAGAAGAUCAUGCGUUGCUGAUGUGCAAGUUUGCCCGCUCGUGCAUGGCUAAGUUCCAGCUUGUGACGGUAGAUCUCUCGGAUACGCUAGGCGAGGACACCAAAUUAUUGGAAAUGAGAGUUGGUCUCCAUAGCGGUCCUGUUACGGCCGGGGUACUCCGUGGAGACAAAGGUCGAUUCCAGUUGUUUGGCGAUAGUGUCAACACUGCCAGUCGAAUGGAGAGCAAUGGGGUGAAGGGAAAGAUCCAUUGCAGUGAAGCUACUGCUGAGGCUUUGCGCAAAGCACGAAAACAAAACUGGCUGGUCCCCAGAGAAGAUAAGAUUGUGGCAAAAGGCAAAGGUGAAAUGCAAACAUACUGGGUUGAAAUGUCUGGGCUAGCAGCAACAAGUACAUCAGGUUCUGUGCUGUCCGGGAUUCAUUCCAUCGAGACCCCAGAACAAAGCACCCCGACACCAUCGUCUCAUGCUUCCAUGCCGCUUCGAAACAAUCCCAACCAGCAGCAGGAUCUAGAGGGAAGCAAAAGUGGCAUUGAGUGCUAG